AUGUGCCCCAUCAUAUCCAAUAGGACGGCACCAUCAAACCCACAGCCUGCGGCUGAACAAAUCCCGCAGCCCUCUGCUGCACCUCUGCCACUGGAGGUACUCCCGGAGCCCCCUGUGGAACCACUGGCGGAAAACGAGCCAAUAACUGCGUCAGCAAACCCACCACUAAGUCAUCAAGACCCUGAGCCGGAGCACCACCCCAACCCGGAGCAGCCCCCGCUCCCAAACCAACACUCGCAUCCACACUGGCCUCACUCGCCACGGAUACCGACUGGGUCACCGACGCAAUCGCCACACUAG